GGGAGGCGGAUGUUUCGUUCGUGACGUGCCAGCAAUAGUUUUACUCGCACAGACAUCGUGCAUUUGUGUGUACUUUAUCGGUUAACCGGAAAGUGUCAGUCGUUAAACAAUUACUUUGUAUAACUAACCAAGCACUGUUGUUCCUGGACUAUUGUGCUACCGCUAAGAUUGCUCAAGAACAGCUUUAAGUUGUAGUCAAAGUUAGCGUAAUGGCGUCUGUGCUGGUAAACGACAACCCACUGCUCUUACCUCUCAACGUGGAGAAAACGGUAUAUGACGGAUUCAUCACCGUCCAGGAGAAAGACCUCAGGCUGAGAAUACAGCUACCACCAGAUCGCCAACUCAGAAAGGCCAAGUUGCAUUGCUGUUGGAAGUUAAAACACCUGUUGCGUGGGUAUGAAGACAUAGUAAAACAGAGGCUACAUCAGUCCGAUGAUCUCAUCAGUUUCAUUCUGGAACUGAAGACUGUCUUGGAAGUGGGCCUAAAGUGCCAUCCUGAGUGCUACUCUAUUCCGCCUCCACAAUACUACUCCCAACUCAUUUUGGAAAUGGAGACCCUUGGGUGGGACAAGGUGCUUUUCAUAGACACACAGUUUCAAACGUUGAAGCUGAAAGCAGAGGACUCUUCCGGACGACAACACAUUCUCACCAUUAACCUCAAGUCUAAGUAUCCAGCAGAGGCUCCAGAAUGCACAGCUGACCUGCCAGUUCCCCUGGUCUUACCAUGGACACCGCAAUCUUCUUUAACCCAACUCCACAGCCAGUUCCUGCUGGUGAUAGCCGCCCUGACUGAGUUUUGGGAUGUUCUUGACGAGAUUGACAGAGAGACCUGGGUUCUGGAACCGGAAAAGCCAAGUCUUUCUGACACGAUGAGGCGAAUAGCUAUUGGAAAUAAUGUAUCCAUUAAAGUGGAAGUGGAUCCCAGACACCCAAAGAUGCUACCAGAAUGCUGCCUGUUGGGAGCUGAGCAUGUUGUCACUCCGCUGAGGAAUAAGCUGAACACCAACAUGCAUUUGUGGAACCCGGACUCCAGUGUCUUGCAAAACCUCCAGGAUGUUUUGGAGAUCCAAUUCCUGUCACCUGCCACCCACGAAAAAUCUACGUUCAGUGUUGAGUGUGGGAUCUGCUACUCCUAUCGCCUGGAAGCUGCCAUCCCCGACCAGGUGUGCAGUGACCCUCACUGUGGUCAGCCCUUCCAUCAGGUCUGCCUGUAUGAGUGGCUGCGCAUGCUGCCCGCCAGCCGGCAGAGCUUUAACACGGUUUUUGGAGAGUGUCCUUACUGCAGCAAGCCCAUUACUGUGAAAAUGGCAGCUUACAAGUCCUGAGAAGUGGCUUUGCGGGCCAGCUGAACCUAAGGAAACUGCUUCAAAGCUAUUCAACCCAAAAGGAGAUGCACAUCUGUUACCUGCAACAACAAAAAAAAAGCAAAGAAAGAAAAUGAUAAUUCUUGUUGAAGCUUUGAAGCUCCCAAGAAGCUAAAUCAAGGAAGCUCCGGUAGCCAGGAGAAAGGUAGCAGCCAUGGACACAGAGCAGUAAAUCAUGCGAGACAAAGCAGCUUGCUCUUCCGGCUGCUGGGGUCCACCAUCAUCUCUGUCAUCGUCUCCUGGCUUCUGAGGUCCACCAUCAUCUCUGUCGUCGUCCCAGCGGUGGCCGUCCUGCUGCUGCACGCUUCCAUACGGGUCAUCCGCUUCUUCAGCCAUGUGAGUCAAGCUGCCAGCCUCACAGUUAGCGAACAUUUCUGUUCCCCUUUGGCUACCUUGGACUUGUUUGCAGAGUUUGUCUGUACUCCUGCAUUCCCUGAUGGAGUUUGCUUUCUGUUAAAGAGGGGAAUUCAAGUGUUUGCUCUUUUGAAUCAUUCAAAUAAACAUGAAUAUGCUUGGUCAAAUAUCUUUUAUUUGAUUCGUAUCAGCAAGCAAUGGUCUCAACCUCACACCUUUUCAGGCCUUUCUUUGAGUCCUACUGGAGGGCCUUUCAAGUAGCGUGCAUCUAUGGGUUUGCUUCUCGCCUCCACAUCUUCAUCAUAAUUAAAAUCAUCAUCAACCAACAUGUCCUCUUCUUUAUAAGACCUCACAGUUGCAGUCCUCGGCCGCAGUGAUCUCUGGACUCCCUCCCUUUUCUAUUAAAAAAUAAUAAAUCAUUGAGGUUAGAAGAUUGAACUGUAUUGUGACACCCUUCCCUUGUGUAAAUACAAGUUAAGGCACUGAUAAAGUAUUAUAGUGGCCUCCAGAAGUAUUGGAGCAAUGAGGUCCAUUUCAUUACUUUUGCUGCAGAUUGAAAACAUUUGGGUUUGCCAUCAAAAGAUGAAUAUGACACCAGAGAGCAGUUCAGCUUUAAUUUCCAGGUAUUUACAUUUAGAUACAACUUAGAAGAUAGCACCUUUUGUUUCAACACAUCCAUUUUUCAUGUGAGCAAAAGGAUUGGAACAUGUGACUGACCUGUCGUUUGGUUGCCCGGGUGUGUUCUCUAGGGUACGUAUUUAAUCAAUAAAUAGCACUGAACAUCCACUCUCACUUUCAGUUGGGUGGGAUAGGUUUUGCCUCUGUAGGCUGCCUUUAGAGGUGAAAACAUGAAAAUCAGAGGGCUUUUUGUAAGUGAAAAGCAAUCAGAAGCAUUGCACAAACAUUGGUCACAGCCAC